GUUACUUUAGGCGCUUAGACAGUUAUCGUUAAGAAGUCGACUCUGCUGGAGAAAUCUUUUUCUUGUCUCAGUUCUGCUCCUUGCAGACAAAAGCGUAGAGAAGGGGUAGUUGUUGUUACUUACCUGGCGGUCAGCGCGCGGGAGGUAGGAAGGGGCGAGGCUCACCAUGAUGGCGGCUGAGGCCGGCGCUGAGGAGGGCGGCUCGUUUACUUCCGCCGAGAUGGUGGGAUCCGUUGACAGAACUGUGGCGGAACACUACGCCACUUUAUGCCGAGGCAAGGAGCUGGGGCCUCAAGGACCCUUUCUGGUGGACUCUGAUGGGGGCAGCCUGGGCGCCGGUGGUCCGGCUUUGUGUUCGGCCUUGGGGUUCCUGCCGCUAGGUUCGGGGCCUGCCACUCUCGUGUCCGGAGGCGGUGGCGCUGUGACAGCAAUUGACCAGGGCCAGGAGCUGGAGGCGUCCGGAGGCGUCUUGCCCCCACCUGAACCCGGUACAGUCGCCUUUUCCCUGCUGCCACCACAGCUCCUUUCCUUGCCUGGGGGGCUGGGGACCGUGGAUGGAGGCGACUCGGUGGAUGGGCUGGAGUAUGAAGAAGAGGAAGUGGCCAUCCCGCUCAACGCUCCCCCCACGAACCAGUGGUAUCAUGGAAAACUUGUCAGAGCAAUUGCAGAAGAGCGUCUUAGGCAAGCGGGAAAACCUGGAAGUUACCUUAUUCGAGAGAGUGAUCGGAGACCGGGUUCAUUUGUUCUUUCAUUCCUUAGUAAAACAAAUGUCAAUCAUUUUAGGAUUAUUGCCAUGUGUGGAGACUAUUACAUUGGUGGACGUCGCUUUGCAUCACUCUCAGACUUAAUUGGUUAUUACAGACAUGUGUCUUGUUUGCUAAAGGGGGAAAAACUAUUCUUUCCAGUAGCACCUCCAGAGCCUGUGGAGGAUAGAAGAAGAGUUCGAGCAAUUCUACCUUACACCAAAGUGCCAGAAACUGAUGAAAUAAGUUUCCUUAAAGGAGAUAUGUUUAUUGUCCAUAAUGAAUUGGAAGAUGGCUGGAUGUGGGUUACAAAUCUACGGACAGAUGAGCAAGGUCUUAUUGUAGAAGAUCUGAUAGAAGAAGUGGUAAGAGAAGAAGAUCCACAUGAAGGCAAACUAUGGUUCCAUGGGAAGAUCUCCAAACAAGAGGCAUACUAUUUGCUGAUGACAGUUGGUCAGGUGUGCAGUUUUCUUGUGAGGCCUUCAGAUAAUACACCUGGUGAUUAUUCACUUUAUUUUCGGACCUGUGAAAAUAUUCAGCGUUUUAAAAUAUGUCCAACAUCAAGCAAUCAGUUUAUGAUAGGAGGCAGAUAUUAUAAUAGUAUUGCUGAGAUCAUUGAACAUUAUAGAAAAGAACAGAUUGUUGAAGGAUAUUACCUUAAAGACCCUGUUCCAGUGCAGUAUCAAGAACAAGUUCUUAAUGAUACAGUGGAUGGAAAAGAAAUCUACAAUACAAUUCGUCACAAGACAAAGGAUGCUUUUUAUAAAAAUAUUGUCAAGAAAGGAUAUCUUCUAAAAAAAAGUAAAGGAAAGAGAUGGAAAAACUUGUAUUUUAUAUUGGAGGGAAAUGAUGCUCAACUUAUUUAUUUUGAAAGUGAAAAACGAGUCACAAAGCCUAAAGGAUUAAUAGACCUUAGUGUGUGUUCAUUCUACGGAGUACAUGACAGUUUAUUUGGCAGGCCAAACUGUUUUCAGAUAGUAGUUCAGCACUUCAGUGAAGAGCAUUACAUCUUUUACUUUGCAGGAGAAACUCCUGAACAAGCACAGGUGAGACUUUUUGUUGGUAAAUAUAAUUUUGAAAGUAUUUUUUUGUUUUGUUGUGUUUAAUGACAUCAUCCUUCUCUAAUAGAAAGCAAGCAUACCACAGAUGGUGGCUAUGUUUACCCUGCAAAUAUUACCCUGCAACAGUAACAGAUCUGUAAGGGAAAUAGUUGGUGCUGAGAAUCCAGUAUGUACAUUACC